CCUCCUCCAUGAGAGGGGAGGCAGGGCGGGCAAACAUGGCGGCGGUGAGUUAGAAAGCGUCGGACGGCGGAGCUAGCGGCGGAUACUUCCAGGAGCGGCCGUGGAGGGAUCGAGAGAGAACUUGCCCUGGGGCUAUCUGAACCCAUUGCAGAGGAGCCAAGCCUAAGGAAUCCAUCAGAUCUUGAACUAGAUUACUGAAACUAACUAGUCCAGAGUCGUCCAAACUGAAUGCCAUAGAUGGUGGAGCCAGGACAAGAUCUGUUGCUUGCUGCUUUGAGUGAGAGUGGAAUCAGUCCAAAUGAUCUAUUUGAUAUUGACCCUGUGGACAUGGGCCUUGCAACACCAGCAUCAGCUGUUCAGCAGUCAGUGCCACUUAGUGCAUUAGAACUAGGCUUGGAGACUGAGGCAACAGUUGCUGUUAAACAAGAACCAGAGACUGUGUCUACUCCAGCACUAUUAAAUGUCAGGCAACCACCAUCAACCACAACCUUUGUGCUGAAUCAAAUAAAUCAGCUUCCAACUUUGGGGACUACAAUAGUAAUGACAAAAACCACACCUGUGACAACUACUAGGCAGACCAUCACUGUAGCAAAAAUCAUUCAAACCAGCACAACUACUCGACCAUCGGUUGCAGCACCAGCAGUACGCAAUGCCUUGACCACUACACCUUCAAAGGACCAGGUCCAGCUGAAAGAUCUGCUCAAAAAUAACAGUCUUAAUGAACUAAUGAAAUUGAAGCCACCUCCGAACAUUGCCCAGCCAGUUGCAACAGCAGCCAAAAUAAUUGUAGUGUCUCCAAAGGUGGUAAACGCCACCAAACCAGCUGAUCUAAGCAAUGGUGCUGUAAAGAAGGAGGCUUCUACAAAAGAAGUAACAAGAAUAUGGGUAAAUGAUGUAAAAAUGAGAAGUUACUCACCUACUAUGAAAGUGCCGGUAAUAAAAGAAGAAGAGGAACCUGAGGAGGAGGAUGAAGAAGAAAUGGGUCAUGCAGAGACAUAUGCAGAGUAUAUGCCAAUAAAAUUAAAAAUUGGUCUACGUCAUCCUGAUCCAGUAGUAGAAACAAGUUCGUUAUCCAGUGUAACCCCUCCUGAAGUAUGGUAUCAGACAUCAAUAUCUGAAGAAAGUAUUGAUAAUGGUUGGCUGUCGGCAUUGCAGCUUGAAGCAAUUACUUAUGCAGCCCAGCAACAUGAAACAUUCCUACCUAAUGGAGACAGAGCUGGAUUCUUGAUAGGUGAUGGUGCUGGUGUAGGAAAAGGAAGGACCAUAGCUGGAAUAAUCUAUGAAAAUUACCUGCUGGGUAGAAAAAGAGCUGUAUGGUUUAGUGUGUCAAAUGAUCUGAAAUAUGAUGCUGAAAGAGACUUGAGAGACAUUGGCGCAAAAAAUAUUUUGGUUCAUUCCUUAAACAAGUUCAAAUAUGGGAAAAUUUCUUCCAAACAUAAUGGGAGUGUAAAGAAAGGUGUAAUUUUUGCCACAUACUCUUCUCUUAUUGGUGAAAGUCAAUCUGGUGGUAAAUACAAAACCAGGUUAAAGCAGCUUCUCCACUGGUGUGGUGAUGACUUUGAUGGAGUUAUAGUAUUUGAUGAAUGUCACAAAGCUAAGAAUCUGUGUCCUGUUGGUUCUUCAAAACCAACCAAGACCGGCUUAGCUGUAUUGGAGCUUCAGAAUAAACUUCCGAAGGCUAGAGUUGUUUAUGCUAGUGCCACAGGUGCAUCUGAGCCACGAAAUAUGGCAUACAUGAACCGUCUGGGAAUAUGGGGGGAAGGAACCCCAUUUAGGGAAUUCAGUGACUUUAUUCAGGCUGUUGAAAGAAGAGGUGUGGGUGCCAUGGAAAUAGUUGCUAUGGAUAUGAAACUGAGAGGAAUGUACAUAGCAAGACAGUUAAGCUUUUCAGGUGUGACCUUCAAAAUUGAAGAAGUUCUGCUUUCACAGAACUACAUUAAAAUGUAUAAUAAAUCUGUGAAACUGUGGGUGAAUGCCAGAGAGAAAUUUCAACAAGCAGCUGAUCUUAUUGAUGCAGAGCAACGCAUGAAAAAGUCUAUGUGGGGUCAGUUUUGGUCAGCCCACCAGAGAUUUUUCAAGUACCUUUGCAUAGCAUCCAAAGUCAAAAGGGUGGUCCAGCUAGCUAGAGAAGAAAUCAAGAAUGGGAAAUGUGUUGUUAUUGGACUACAGUCCACAGGAGAAGCAAGAACGUUAGAAGCCUUAGAGGAGGGUGGUGGAGAAUUGAAUGACUUUGUUUCCACAGCAAAAGGAGUACUCCAGUCUCUCAUUGAGAAGCACUUCCCAGCUCCUGACAGGAAGAAGCUUUUUAGUUUGCUGGGAAUAGAUCUAACUGCUCAAAGUAAUAACAAUUCACCUAGGGACAGUCCUUGCAAGGAGAAUAAAAUAAAGAAACGGAAAGGUGAGGAAAUAACUAGAGAAACCAAGAAAGCUCGUAAAACAGGUGGCCUCGCUGGGAGCAGUUCCGAUGAGAGUGAAAGCGAGUCUGAUGCCUCAGACAAUGAAGAAAGUGACAACGAGAGCUCUAAGUUUUUGAGUUCUGGAGAUGAUGAUGACUUCAACCCAUUCAGAGAUGAAUCUAGUGAGGAUGAUGAGGAUGACCCCUGGUUAAUUAGGAAAGACCAUAAGAAAAAUAAAGACAAGAAAAAGAAGAAAAGUAUAGACCCAGAUUCCAUUCAGAGUGCCUUAUUAGCUUCUGGUCUCGGAUCAAAACGACCUAGCAGUUUUUCUUCCGUUCCUGUUACCACUGCUUCUAGUACAAAUACAUCAGCUAACAGUAAUACCAACAGCAGCUUUGUAACAAGUCAAGACGCUGUUGAAAGAGCCCAGCAGAUGAAAAAAGAAUUGCUUGAUAAACUGGAAAAACUAGCUGAAGACCUUCCUCCUAAUACUUUGGAUGAACUUAUAGAUGAACUUGGUGGUCCUGAGAAUGUGGCUGAGAUGACAGGCCGCAAAGGGAGAGUUGUAAGCAAUGAUGAUGGCAGCAUAUCUUAUGAGUCAAGGUCUGAACUUGAUGUACCUGUUGAAAUUCUAAAUAUCACAGAAAAGCAGAGAUUCAUGGAUGGAGACAAGAACAUUGCCAUCAUCUCAGAAGCUGCCAGCUCAGGAAUUUCAUUACAAGCCGACCGUAGAGCUAAAAAUCAGAGGCGGAGAGUGCACAUGACGUUGGAGUUACCAUGGAGUGCGGAUAGAGCAAUACAGCAAUUUGGAAGAACUCACAGAUCAAACCAAGUUACUGCACCAGAGUAUGUGUUCCUAAUUUCCGAAUUGGCAGGAGAGCAAAGAUUUGCAUCUAUAGUUGCCAAAAGACUGGAGAGCUUGGGAGCUCUCACUCACGGGGACAGAAGAGCAACAGAAACUCGAGACCUUAGCAGGUUCAACUUUGACAACAAGUAUGGCAGAAAUGCUUUGGAGAUCGUUAUGAAAUCCAUUGUGAAUUUAGAUUCCCCAAUGGUGUCCCCACCUGCUGACUAUCCUGGAGAAUUUUUUAAAGAUGUUCGGCAAGGAUUAAUAGGUGUGGGCCUAAUAAAUGUAGAGGACCGAUCAGGAAUUCUGACACUUGAUAAAGAUUACAACAAUAUAGGAAAAUUCCUGAAUAGAAUUCUGGGUAUGGAAGUGCAUCAGCAGAAUGCUUUGUUCCAGUAUUUCUCGGAUACUUUAAAUGCAGUUAUACAAAAUGCUAAAAAGAAUGGAAGAUAUGACAUGGGUAUUUUAGAUCUUGGGUCUGGAGAUGAGAAGGUCAGAAAGGCAGAUACUAAGAAGUUUUUAACUCCAGGAUACUCUACCUCUGGACAUGUAGAAUUAUACACAAUCAGUGUAGAAAGAGGAAUGUCUUGGGAAGAAGCAACUAAGAUUUGGGCUGAGCAAACUGGACCAGAUGAUGGAUUUUAUUUAUCUUCGCAAAUAAGAAAUAAUAAGAAAACUGCCAUAUUGGUAAAGGAAGUGAAUCCCAAAAAGAAGCUUUUCUUAGUAUAUAGACCAAACACUGGGAAACAACUCAAAUUGGAAACGUACGCAGACCUGAAAAAGAAAUAUAAGAAGGUACCUUCUGAAGAUGCUCUACCACAUUGGCUAGAGCAGUACAGUUCAUCGGCAGAUACCUGUACCCAUGCUUAUUGGAGAGGCAAUUGUAAGAAAGCAAGCCUUGGGUUAGUUUGUGAAGUGGGCCUCCGCUGUCGAACUUACUUCGUCUUGUGUGGUUCAGUACUAAGUGUCUGGACAAAAGUGGAAGGAGUUCUAGCCUCUGUGAGUGGUACAAAUGUGAAAAUGCAGAUCGUUCGGCUAAGGGCAGAGGAUGGACAGAGGAUUGUAGGUUUGCUCAUUCCUGCAAAUUGUGUAUCGCCCCUUGUAAACCUCCUGUCGACAUCGGACCAGUCUCAACAGCUUGCAGUACAACAGCAGCAGAUAUGGCAGCAACAUCACCCACAGAGCAUCACGAACUUCAACAAUGCAUAAGAGGACAGACUACAGGUGUUGACUUUGGUGUUUGAGAAAAGGCUGUAAAAGCAUAUCACUUGCAUAAAAAUCAGGGACAGAUUCCAAAGAAAUAUUUUUUCAGUUCAGUUGUGUGCUCUCAGAAGUACUUUGGGAAUAAAGAGGUACAUAAAGGAUGGUAGAACUGAAAGCCAGCAGUUGCUUAUGGUGGUUCAUCUGUCUAUGCUCUCUGUAGAGCUUCCUGUUUUGCUUUUACUUUUGGCCUUUUAAGCCACAAACCACAAAUUUUGUUUGAAAAUGCUUGAAAAUUCCCAAACAGGCUUUAUUUUUAUCUUGUCAUACAGUGCUCAGGGUUUAACGCAGUACAUCAAUGCCAUUGCUGUGGGAGAUAACCUCGAAUGCAUGUAUUGAGUAUAUAUGGAAACUAUAUAUUGGGUUUUUUCUCUUCAACUUGUAAGUUUAUAUAAGCAUGAAAACUAGAGAUUGCACAUCAUGCAUUCAUUCAGGUUCCUUCCCAGUUUGUUUGACAGUGCAUGUCUUUGGGAACAGGCAUGAACAGGAUAAACACCCCAGUCAAGAAUUCCGAGAGAAACAAUCUUAGUUGUACAGCAUUGGUUAUUGCAUUUUUAUAGUGUUUAUACCCAAGUAUUGCAUUUUUUCUGGUUUUCUCCUGGAGGUUAUAUAUUUGAGUCUGCAACAUGUUUUUUGUGAUAAGCAUCUUAAAUUAAAAAGUUACUUCAUUUUAAUGUAUUAAUAGUAUUCCUAAUGUGUAAUGCAAAGAUGGCUAAAAGCCUUUCCUUUAACAUUAAAAUAUUUCCUUAAUCCGAGAUGACUAUGGAAACUAAGUACAAAUUCACUUCCACCUCAUAUACAAUCUUAUAUUUUUUACUUCAUUAAUGUAAUUUAAUUUGUCACUUGUAAGAUGAAACCUUACUUGAGCUGUAAAUUAGACAAUGGGAAACUUUUGAGGAUUCCGCUAUAUGUGCUGUUUCUGUUACCCAGUAACUUGAAUACUGUUUAAUAUGUUGUAAGACAUUGUAGAGUUUAUCUGGAGCUGUUUAAAAAAAAUUGUAAUGUACAAAUGUGAAUAGUCACUUAUCUAUAAUAUGGGUAAGUUUUGUUUUGCCUAUAAUAGUAGAUGUUUAUAAGAAAGUGAAGGACAAUGUUUGUCAUUUCUUGCUUGCACAGGUUGCACUAUUGAAAAAUUGAGAUUGUAUAAACCUGUCCAAAAAACUGCAAGAUAACAAAAUCUUGUAGAGGUCAAAUAAAACGUUAUUGUACUAACAAAACUGGAGUCUUGUUUAGGCAAUCACUGUAUUCCAAAAAACUAAUAAGUCUAGUUUGGUAUUCAACAAGACUUGAAUGGUCCAACCUACUUAAGCUAGUCUUGUCUUAUGGUCCAUAUCAGUCUUUAAGUUGAACUAGUUAGUAUCUGAGACAAGGGAUAAACUCUAUACUGAACUUCAAUAGAUAUUUUACAAGUAAAGAUUGUACUGUAAGUACAGUAAAGAUAAGGGUAAAUGGUUGACCUGAUGUCGACUUAGUGGUGUGAUCCAUUGUAGUGCCUGCUUCAUUUCCUUAAACACUUACUCAGUGGACCAGAUUCUGAUGUCUCAGUGAUGUAAAUUUGGGAUAAACGUGGAACUGAGAUCAGAAAUUGAUCUAAUAACCUUAAAUGUAACUCCUUUAGGUAAAUGAUUAGUGUGAAGUCCCAUUAUUGCACUAGUGUUAGUAUAUGCAGCACUAAUACAGGAAGAACUCAUGAAUUUGGGGGGAAAUGUGUGUGUUCAGGAAGUUCCAUGUUUUAUUCAGCCAGCAAUUGAACAAACUGAAAUGCAUUUUGAAAUAAAGAUUUGUAACUACAA